ACCUCUAUCUGUCCCCCAGUGUGUCCUAUGUGAACCUGCCGUGAACCGUACCUACAGCUCUACGGUGAACCUCUCCACUGUUUGUGCCAAUGCACCCCAGCUGUGGAGAAAUUACACCUCCUCAUCUGGUACCAGGUUGGGGAGGAGCUGGAUUCUUCCCUGAAUCACUCUGCCAGGGACCUGUAUUCUGAAUCACUCUGCCAGGGACCUGUAUUCUGAAUCACUCUGCCAGGGACCUGUAUUCUGAAUCACUCUGCCAGCGACCUGUAUUCUGAAUCACUCUGCCAGGGACCUGCAUUCUGAAUCACUCUGCCAGGGACCUGCAUUCUGAAUCACUCUGCCAGGGACCUGUAUUCUGAAUCACUCUGCCAGCGUCCUGUAUUCUGAAUCACUCUGCCAGCGACCUGUAUUCUGAAUCACUCUGCCAGGGACCUGUAUUCUGAAUCACUCUGCCAGGGACCUGUAUUCUGAAUCACUCUGCCAGCGUCCUGUAUUCUGAAUCACUCUGCCAGCGUCCUGUAUUCUGAAUCACUCUGCCAGCGACCUGUAUUCUGAAUCACUCUGCCAGCGACCUGUAUUCUGAAUCACUCUGCCAGGGACCUGUGUUCUGAAUCACUCUGCCAGGGACCUGUGUUCUGAAUCACUCUGCCAGGGACCUGUGUUCUGAAUCACUCUGCCAUUACUCAUCUCACCCUAACCCUAACUCUGUAUUCUGAAUCCAAUUCAAUGGUGCAAUUAACGACUUCUCAGGCUGAGGAGUGAGUUUACAAAUCCAUACCUGUUAAAGUCCACUAUCACCAUCUCUUCAUAAAUGUAUUGUACCCAAAGGAAGAGACUGCAGCUGAGCCGAGUCAUAUUCCUCCUGUCUGGUGUUCUACUGUGUUGUCUCUACCAGCUGUCUAUCACCUCCAAGCUCUCCCCAGGACCCUGGCCCCAUGCCCUGCCCCAAAUAGGUGAGGGGUCUGGGGAUGGAGAGGGACUGACAGGGGCCCUCCUGGAGGAAGUUGCAUUGGAGACCUUAAGGGAGGGGGGACACAGUGUUGACACACAAGAGGAGGAAAUGAUAGAUUUGGUGACAACUGAAGUGUCCGAUUAUUACUCCGAGACGACUACAGAUGAUGUCACACCAUCCACUACCACUGAGGUCUCAUCAUCAUCAUCAUCAUCAGUGACUACAAUCCGGACUAUCGUUCACUGUAUAUAUGUAGACCUGGAGCCUCCCAUUCAGAUCCCCACCCUUCCCAACCCACCACCCACCCAUCUAGUCCCCAACACCACCCAAUCCUCCCCUGCCAACCCGGGGGACGCCCCUCAUCAGAAAGGAGAGUACCCGACUGAUAUCUUCUCCGUGGAGGACCGGAGACGAGGCUGGGUGUCGCUCCACAUCUUCGGGAUGAUGUACAUGUUCGUCUCACUCGCCAUUGUGUGUGACGAAUUUUUUGUCCCUGCGCUCGGCGUCAUCACAGACCAGCUCGCCAUCUCCGACGACGUGGCCGGGGCAACCUUCAUGGCGGCAGGAGGCUCCGCUCCGGAGCUGUUCACCUCUCUGAUUGGCGUGUUCAUCUCUCAUAGCAAUGUGGGCAUCGGGACGAUCGUGGGGUCGGCGGUGUUCAAUAUCCUGUUCGUCAUCGGCAUGUGUGCCAUCUUCUCCAGGGAGAUGCUGCACCUCACCUGGUGGCCCCUGUUCAGGGACGUCUCCUUCUAUAUCAUAGACCUGAUCAUGUUGAUAAUCUUCUUCCUGGACAACACCAUCAUGUGGUAUGAGAGUAUAAUGCUGGUGGCUGGCUACAGCUCCUAUGUCUGCUUCAUGAAGUACAACGUUCAGCUGGAGGCAGCAUUCAAGAACCAGCUCAGGAAACAUCAGCACAUCAUUAAUAUCAUCACUGUGGCUGUUGAGGAUGAACCUGAUAAGGAUGAGACAGCAGGUCAGAAUAGUAGCCCUCCUGCCCCAGAAGACAAGAAACUAUUAAAGUUGAAGCCUGUCCUCCAGAGAGGAGGAAGUUCAGCCUCUCUUCACAACUCCACCAUGAGGAACACCAUGUACAAGCUGAUGAUUCACACACUAGACCCCCUGGGAAACAACAAAGAACCAGCUGUCCCUGCACCCUCAGCCGCCCCAGUUCCAGCCCCUGCUCCAGCCCCAGCCAAGGAGGAGGAGACGAAGAAGGAGCAGCCAGAGGGUCAGAUGGAGGACAAAUCGGCAGCAGUUGGUUCGUCUUGUAGUGAGGAGGAUGAUGAUGAUGAUGAUGAUGAUGACGACAGUGAUGAAGAUAGUUCUGAUGAGGAAAGUUCUGAUGAGGAAAGUUCUGAAGAUGAUGAUGAGGAAGAUGAGGAAGAUGAUGACCUUGAUGACAAGCCUCUGUCUUUGGUGUGGCCGGACACCAGAUGUAAACAGGCCACCUAUCUGUUCCUCCUGCCUAUAGUCUUCCCUCUGUGGCUCACCGUGCCCGACGUCCGUAACCCGAUAUAUAAGAGGUUUUUUGUGAUCACCUUCCUGGGGUCUAUCCUAUGGAUCGCCGUCUUCUCCUACCUCAUGGUGUGGUGGGCACAUCAGGUGGGAGAGACCAUAGGCAUCUCAGAGGAGAUCAUGGGCCUAACUAUCCUGGCUGCAGGAACGUCCAUCCCUGACCUCAUCACUAGUGUUAUUGUGGCCCGUAAAGGACUGGGGGAUAUGGCUGUGUCCAGUUCUGUGGGCUCCAACAUCUUCGACAUCACCAUGGGCCUGCCAGUCCCGUGGUUAUUGUGGUCGUCGUUCCAUGGUUUUGCUCCGGUGCCCGUCAGCUCCAACGGUCUGUUCUGUGCCAUUGUGUUGCUCUUCCUCAUGCUCCUCUUCGUCAUCAUCAGUAUUGCUGUGUGUAAGUGGAGGAUGAACAAGAUGCUGGGAUCUACCAUGUUCCUUCUCUAUUUUGUCUUCCUGGUGCUGAGUGUUCUGCUAGAGGACAGAGUUAUCAUCUGUCCUGUGUCCAUCUGACACUAUUGUCUUCCUGGUGCUGAGUGUUCUGCUAGAGGACAGAGUUAUCAUUGAUUGAAUUUAUUUGACAAUUUGUCAAAUACAUAUGGGCGCUUCAGCCGGUGACACCUCCACAAAAUAGUUUGCUUCAUAACAUGAGAUAAUUAGUACAAUUUCCUAAUAAACAUUAAGUGCACACACACAAAUGCACACACCCAAACGUACACGCACACACACAAAUGCAUACACACACACACACACACACACACACAGAAACAUACACACACGUGCUGGAGGAUCAAGUCAUUAUAUGCUCUGUUUCCAUCUGAGUCUGAUUGUGUGAGGCCUCUCUUUUGAGAAUGAUUGUGUGAGGCCUCUCUUUUGAGAAUGAUUGUGUAAGGCCUCUCUUUUGAGAAUGAUUGUGUGAGGCCUCUCUUUUGUCCAGCAUGGUGUCUGACCAGAUGAGUCUACAGGCAUGGUUCCAAAUUAAAUAGAUACUUCAGUUUAAAGUAAGUCGCUAACUAGCAUUUGCGAGUAGAUACCAUAGACGUCCAGUCAUUGCGCUAACACUAGUUAGCAUUGGCUCACGGAACUACCUCUACUUUUCUUCAUAUUGGAUGCAGAGACAUACAGAUGGUAUCCAUGAGUUCAUUUGACUCUGGGGAAGUACAUAAAGUGCUUCUUUGCCAACAUCCAGAAGUAUCUCUUCAACAUUUUUCAUUGGUAGCACUGGUGCUCCCAACUUUAAAAAGUUAGGAGCACCACAUGAAACUUAGGAGCACCAGAAAACAGGAUGUGUUUAAUUCAGAGAUACGGCCUAUAUUAGGCUUUUAUUAAUUCUACUUUUGAAGCAUGUGUUGUGUCCUAGAAACUAAUAUGUAACACGGUAAAGAAAUGUGUUUAUUAUAAAAGCUAAAAUGUUGAUACUAAUACCUGUCAUUGACAUUACAAAAAGUUAUUUUUGAAAUAUUAGGUUUCUACAUUGUGUAAAAGCACAAUUUUCCUAUUGAGAUACAUUGAAUUGGAAAUUGUACGCUGUCCCUUCAAACACUUCAGGUUUGUGAUGACAACAUGCAAGAGAUCUGUCAUUCAUUCAUUGCUGUGAUCAUUGACCUACUGAAGAAGAUAUACCCUUCUUCCUUUCUUUCUGUGUCCCCAGAUGUUUGGAUAUACUGGUGAAGUUACCAGGUUGUUAGCUAGCUAGCCAAUGAGGUAACAUGACUGAACGAAGAAUAAACAAGUGGUUAACGACGCACAAGUAGUUUUAGAAUGGCCCAAAACAGAAUUUCAGAAUGUAAAAUGUGGUCCCUGCGAUCCGCAAUAGACAAGUUGGUUGUUUCGCAACAAAACCGACACAUGCCCAAAUAUGGGGCAAAACAGACUGGGUUGACUUAGAUUGUUGACAACAUGUUAACAAUAUUUAGUCUCCAAUGUUUAUUGAAAACAUAAGUGAAGCUAGCUAGCUAGCAAAUUAUAGCCAUAUUAGAAUAGACACCUCUAUUAGAAAACACCUCAAAACAAGACAUGGUAUCAAUAACAAGGUCAAACUAGCUAAAACGAGUCACUUACUAUUCGCCACAUGGCAGCUUCUCGUCAUUGUAGCUACCUGUCUGGCCAUCCAGAACCAUAACAACACAUUAAGCUAUUCACUUUAUUGUACAGUAGAAGAUGUUUUAACUCAGACAGCUUUUAGGGAAACACCUGUGACAUUCUCUCGUUGGGUUAAACCACAGAAGAUAUUUUGACCUGGUUGGGCUAGAAGCAGGCCGUUUUCGAUGUAGUAAUGAUAUAACCAUGACCCUAACUAAUCUGUUCUCACUUUGUUCUCUAACUAUGGUACAGAGAAGCCUGAUCAUUACAAUUAUUAUCUGGGAGAUUCUUUUCAUAGUCGCUCCCAAAAUAAAACUACUGGUCAUACAACAAAAUAUUUCAUAUGCUACCAAACUGGUCGCACUUAACAGCCAUGUCUCUGUCCGGCUCGAUGGACCUUUGAAUGCAUCAUCGAAAUAUCCCAAUCAUUUGAUUUCUAAAAGCUGUAGCAAUGUCUACAUUGAGUUGUUGGUGGAUUAUGACUAUCCGAGGCUCUCUGACUGGCAACACAAUGUCAAUUGAGAUGUUGCCGAAUUUCAAUCACUUAAAAAUGUCUGGUUUUGACUUUCAGAAAUGCUGACCUAAGUAUAAAGAAGUGCGAGUAGUGAAACGAGAUGUAUUAUUGAUUUUAUUAAUAAUAUAAUAUUAUUACCAACAAUUACUUUAUUGCUUUAAGUAAUGUGAUAAAAGCCCAAGUAGAAAACAAGGCAGUUGAAUAAUAGAUAUACAGACAGUGAAAAGCUACUGUUAUCUCACUCAGUAUCAAGGUUAUUUAUAUUUGUUUUAAGAUUUUUAUUUGAAAUUCAGUUCAUAUUCAGAUCCGAUUUCCUAUUUUAUAUUUAGUUUUAUACAAACAUUUCUAUUUCGUUUUCAUGUUAUUUAGUUUCAGUUUUAAUGUUAGUGUCACGUCUACUCCCCUCUGGAGUUCGACGUUGCCGGGUUACGAACCACCGGUCCUGGGAUCAAUCAUUACGUGCACCUACAUGUCAUCAUGAACCUCCAUUACCUCCCCUUUAUCCGUCACUCCCUUAGGUCCCCAGGCAGUAUGAUGCUGUGAUAUGAAGCUACUGUUAUGUUGUCUGGUUCUAUGUUUGUUGUUUUAUUAAACGUUUCGCCUGCUUCUCCA